GCUUUAGGGGUUGUCGUUCUCGAACAGCACAGUCGUUGCCUAGCCGUCGAUCAAGUGCGCUUUGAGGUGAUCUGCAUCCCCAAGCUGCACUCCGACAUACAUUUCGAGAACGACAGCACCGUGUUAGUCCUCAUCAAGAUCAUCUAGACGUCCUGCGCUAGCACGACAGCCUUUCAAAUAAAGCACCAGAGAGACAAGAUGAGCGGAUUCACUCAACACACCACAGGCCGUGAGGUGGUCGAGAAACUCCAUGAGCUUGUGGAUGGCAAGACUAUCGUUAUCACUGGACCCAGUCAUGGUAGCAUCGGUGGAGAGACUGUGCUGUCGCUGGCGGCAGCUAAUCCCAAAGCCAUCUUUCUGUGUGGUCGGAGCAUGGAGAAGAUCGAUCCCGUCAUUCGGGAAUUCGCAGGCCAGAACAGCCAGCCGGAGCUGACAUUCGUGCCAAUGGAUCUCAUGGACCUAGAUUCAGUCCGGGCCGCGGCGGCCAAGAUUGCUUCCCAGACCAAAGUCGUUGAUGUGCUGUUCAACAACGCGGGCAUCAUGACAACGCCGUGGAAAACGACUAAGCAGGGCAUUGAGAGUCAGUUUGGGGUCAACCACCUUGCGCACUUUGUGUUCACGGCCAGAUUGUUGCCAUUGCUCAAGGCAGCGUCACCUCCGGCCACGAUUGUAAACACUGCAUCGACAGGAUACCAGCUGGGCGGGAUUCCUUUCGAGGAUCUGACCUGGGAUAACGGUGCCAAGUAUCAUCCGUGGCUUGCAUACGCCAGCUCCAAGACGGCGAAUUCGCUGUUCACGGUCGAACUGGCAAAGAAGCUGCAGCCCGAAGGCAUCACUGCGUUUGCAUUGCAGCCUGGUAUGCCCGACACGAACCUCGCCUCGCAUCUCCCACAGGAAGGCCCGGCAUCCUUCAAGGAAGCACACCGCAUCAACACGGAACGAUUUGGAGGAGUAGAGCAAGACUUCAGCGGCGACCAGAAGACCGUACCACAAGCCUGCAGCACUCUUCUUGCCGCAGCCUUCGACCCAAAUUUGAAAGCUCAUUCGGGCGGGUUUCUGCGCAACUGCCAACCAUACGAGGUCAUGAAUUAUGCACAGGAUCCAGCUGAUGCCCAGAGACUGUGGAAGAUCAGCGAGCAGUUGUCCGGUGAAAGGUUCUAGAGAGCUGGCUCUGCUCGUCGUCUACGCCCGCAGUGGCCUAUUGUUCCCAGUUUGUCUGUAGAUGUGUGCGGAGAUUCAAAU